CUGCUGUGUCUGUGUCACCGCACAUUACAUCACACCCCAGGGAUGAUGGGCACUUGCAGUGGGUGAAUGCCUGUGCGUCCGUCCGUCAGGGGGAGAGUUCGAUGACUUCGACCACCGAGGGCCGUGGGUUGCGUCGGUUGAAGUUGGGCCUCUGCGGGGGGCAGGGGGAUGUCCACACCGUGCUCAGGCGGCCGGUGAUAAACCCACGCCCGUUGAACCGCAUACGGUUCAGGUCCAACAACGCCCUCUGCACACCGACAGAAAGACAGAGAGAUGUGCGGUGCAUUCCUCUCUCUCUCAGUGGGUAUGUGUGUGAGGGUUUCUGUCCUUCCAUUGCUUACCGCCACUUUGGCCAUGAGUUCUGGGUCCUUGCGGCAGCGGGUGAACGUCGCCUUGUCGCUCACAUCCGUCUGUACAGUGCAAAUCAACACAUACACCUCAGUGUCCGUUUCGUGUGUGUGUGUAUGUGUCUGUCGUGACAUUGGCUUGGCUUACGUCCGCGCACUCCGAACACAGCCGCGCCUUGUGGCGGGCUGCACACAGAACAGAAAACACACACAUACACACACACAGGCGGAUCAUCAUGCUCACACACAGAGAGAGGUGUGUGUGCAUUCAUUGCCUCCCCUCCACACUUACGCAGCUCAUAGAUGGCGGGGCAACCGCACUCCACACACGCAGUGUUGAUGUACUGCUCCUUCUUGGUGCCGGUGUUGAAGCGGCCCUCCAACGGCAUCCCGUAGGUCACCCUGAUAUGAUUGAUGCACACAAACACGCACACGCAUACACAUGAAAUGUGUAGGUGUGCACUUGCCCUUCUCGUGUGGUUUCCCCCCGUCCAUGGUUACCGUGUGCGGGCGAUGUUGGCCUUGUUUUCCUCAACCCUCUCCCCCCACACAUGAUCACUGCCCGCAUGCAACGCCUCGCGCCAAACGCGGCACACCAUCUCGGCCCGUCCGAUGUCAGCCCCCGUCGGCAGGAAUUUCAUCACCUCCCCCAUGGUUUCGAUGUUCAGCUGCGGGGCGGUAGGGGCAGCCUGGCGGCUGGCGCCAUCACGGCGGAUGGCACCACGCUUCGCCUUCACACGCCGCAUCACGGCAGCCGAGCACUUGGAAGGCGAGCGAUACCGAAUUGGUUUCGUUUCUUAUCUGGUCACUGAAGGGUCUCCAACGCCCUCGAGUCCGCCAGCACGUCGCUUGGCGGGAAACUCCCUCUUCUUAAGGUCACCACGCAAUUUUUC